AAGUGACUUAUUUGGGAUAUUCCCUGAGAGAGGGGAAAAGGUGGCUUACUGAAGCCCGAAAGCAGACUGUGACGCAGAUCCCAGUUCCUACUACUCCGCGCCAAGUUCGUGAGUUUCUAGGGAUGGCAGGGUUUUGUAGAUUAUGGAUACCUGGAUAUGCCACCUUAGCCGCCCCCCUGUAUCCCCAAACCAAAGGGGCAGCCCCGUUUGUUUGGGGACCUGAACAACAGCAGGCCUUUGAUGAUAUCAAGAAGGCCCUCCUGUCGGCACCCGCUCUGGCCUUGCCAGAUGUGACUAAGCCGUUCGUCCUUUUUGUGGAUGAACGGAGCAGACUGGCUCGGGGAGUGUUGACCCAACAAUGGGGACCUUGGAAGAGACCUGUCGCCUAUUUGUCAAAAAAAUUGGACCCAGUGAGUAGCGGAUGGCCUGCCUGUUUGAGAGUAGUGGCGGCCGUGGCCCUCUUGGUUAAAGAUUCUGACAAACUGACACUGGGACAGAAACUCACUGUGGUUGCUCCACAUGCGUUGGAGAGUGUAAUUCGGCAGCCACCCGAGAGAUGGAUGUCGAAUGCCAGAAUGACUUACUACCAAACCUUACUCCUGAAUCGUGAUCGUGUGGAGUUUGCCCCCCCUGCCAUCCUAAACCCGGCCACUCUGCUCCCCGAUUCGGGGAAGGAAGUGCUCCAUACCUGCCAGGAAAUCCUGGCUGAGGAGACAGGGACCCGCCGGGAUUUACAAGAUCAGCCCUUAGGAGGACCGGGACUCCUGACUUGGUAUACAGACGGGAGCAGUUACAUCAUGAAUGGUUACGAGCCUUGGAGGCUGUGCAGAAAGAGGUGUGGGCCUCCAUUAAGGAAGCCUAUCGGCCAGAGGACCUCUCAGUACCUCACCAGUUCCAGGUGGGAGACCCUGUCUACGUGAGAAGACACCAGAC